AUGGCCAGGACUAAGGAAACCGCAGGGCAAAGCCACCUCAGCCAAGAGAGAGUUCAGGACUCCAGUGACGAAGAUAACAGCCCACCUGAGAAGGUGACAUCGACACGGAAACAAAAGCCUCAACCCUCCGGCUCGGCUGUCCAGAAGACUUCUAAAAAGUCCAAACCAAAAUCUCCAUCUCCAUCUCCAUCUCCAUCUGCGGCGUCUGAGCAGGAGUCGACAGACGAAUCAUCGGAGAGCGAGACCGGACAGGAUGACUCGGACGACGACUCAACUACGACCUCGGCAUCAAGCCAGAAGAGAACUGCACCAGCGGCCGAGGAAUCCCUACCCAAGAAAAAGUCCAAGACCACGACAUCUUCUGCUGUCCACGUCCACAUCGCGCCCAAGCCCUUCAAAGCGCCACCGGGUUAUGGGCCAGUGAUUGUAUCUGCGUCCGACUAUACCUCGGAGAUGGGAACUCUCUUCGAUGACUUGUCUGCUAAGCAAAUCUGGCAUAUAUCCGUGCCCGAUAGCGUGUCGAUUGAAUCGAUCAAGGAGCUCGACAUCGAGGCGGCAAUGAAGGGAGAGCCGAUCGUCAGCAGAGACGGCAUCGACUAUAGCAUGCAUGCCGUGGAAUCGCAGAAUCAAGUCGUCCUUCUACCCAACGGAGCUAAAAUGAGCUACCGGCAGAGUGCGAAGAGAGUUGAGCACAGCUACCUCCUGCAGGAGACGACUACCAUUCCCAAGUCGAAGACAGAAGCAUCUCUGGUCUUCGCGGCGACAAAAUCCGGCGAAUCGAAACCGAUCCGGAAACAACCCGAAGGGUUAAAGAUGCGCUACGUGCCUUAUGGUGCGCCCGCAAUCCAGGAGGCCGCCGAAGACGCAGACGUGGAGAUGAGAGAUUCUCUCGACAUACCGCCUGAACUGGAACCCAAGCCCACGACCAUGUCUCCUCAGACGACAUCCAAGAAGACGAAGAAGAAGCCCAAGCAAGGCCAGGCGGACGAAAAGAGUCCGAAGAAAAAGCUGCGGGAGGCAGAUGGACCAGUCUCGCAUGAGAAGAAGAAAAAGAAGAAGCGGAGGCUGGUGGAUGAGGAGAAUGCCAUGUAA